AUGCGGCAGCCGCUGCCCAUGGCGCUGGCAGGGCCCAGGUCUGUAGACCCUGGCUCCUGGACCCCUGCGAACACCCGUCGGGGACAGCCCUCAGGCCUGGAUUGCCAAGGCAAGCACGCCUGCGCACUCACGCACCGGUUAAGCUGUCUGCUUAACAGCGCUUGCGCAGAGCUACUGGGCUGGAGGUGGGGGAAUCUUGUCUCAGGAAGUCCUGGCUGGGCAGACGUCGCACCCGGAAGUGAAGAGGCUCCGCGACUGAGAGGCAGCGCGCGCGGCAGUGCCCCGAGUAUUCAGCUUUCUCGGGACGAAACCACCGCAUCGGGUCAGCGCUGCGGUCUACAGCCAUUGGCCUGGUUGACCAUGGCCCUUUCUGUGGAGACCGAGUCGCACAUCUACAGAGCUCUGCGCACUGCCUCUGGGGCUGCUGCCCACCUUGUGGCCCUGGGUUUUACCAUCUUUGUGGCUGUGCUUGCCAGGCCUGGCUCCAGUCUGUUCUCCUGGCACCCCACGCUUAUGUCUUUGGCUUUCUCUUUCCUGAUGACCGAGGCACUGCUGGUGUUCUCUCCUGAAAGUUCGCUGCUGCGCUCCCUUUCGCGGAAGGGCCGAGCCCGCUGCCACUGGGUGCUGCAGCUGCUGGCCCUGCUGUGUGCACUGCUUGGUCUAGGCCUUGUCAUCCUCCACAAGGAACAGCUUGGCAAAGCGCACCUGGCCACGUGGCAUGGGAGGGCAGGGCUGAUAGCUGUGCUGUGGGCGGGGUUGCAGUGCUCUGGGGGUGUGGGGCUGCUCUACCCCAAACUACUGCCCCGAUGGCCCCUAGCUAAGCUCAAGCUGUACCAUGCCACUUCUGGGCUGGUGGGCUACCUUCUGGGUAGUGCCAGCCUCUUAUUGGCCAUGUGUUCGCUCUGGUUCACUGCCACAGUCACUGGUGGGGUCUGGUAUCUGGCUGUGCUGUGUCCUGUCAUUACCAGCUUGGUCAUCAUGAGUCAGGUGAGCAACGCCUACCUGUACCGCAAACGGAUCCAACCAUGAGCUCUUCCCAGCCUGGAAGCCUGGAUUUGCCCCUCAGCAUAGCAGCUGGGGCUGGGACCUCCUGGACUCUCUCAGCUGACCCAAGUCAUGGGAGCACCUCGGGCACUGGGACAGGUUAGAGUAGGAGUCUUGUGUGUGACAUUUUGCUUGCUCCUCACCCUGAAGUGCUUCCCCUUUCCUUCUGUACUGUCAGAGGAGUUUAUGGAUGAUGUGGCUGGAUGAAGUGGGGGAUGAAGACUAUUUCCCCGGCCACUCACCUCCUACUUGUACCGGUAUGUCCAAAAAUUACAGGAGAGAAAAAAGGAAAAUAAAAAAAGAAUGACUGUAAA